GGAAAGGUUCUGCUCCACAGGGCGGCGGGCACGGAAUUGCGCCCGUGGGCUGCAGGCGCAGGGAGCGUUUGGGCACCGCUCGCGGAUAUCGGGUUUGGGUGGUCCUGAUGGGGAGCCAGAAGCUGGACUCCGAUAGACUCUUUAGCGGGGUCUGUUGUGACAGGACAAGGGGAAAUGGUUUCAAACGAAGAAGGCUGGAUAUAAAGAAAAAUGUUUUUUUUUUAAUAAUCAGAGAAUCACAGAAUGGUUUGUGUUGGAAGGGGCCUUUGAGAUCAUCCAGUUCCAGCCCCGUGCUGUAGGCAGGGACACCUCCCAGGGACCAGGUUGCUCACAGCCCCAUCCAGCCUUGAGUGCUUCCAGGGAGGGGGCAUCCACAGCUUCUCUGAGCAACCUAUUCCAACGUCUCACCACCCUCACAGUAAAGAAUUUCUUCCUAAUAUCUAGUCCAAAUCAUCCCACUCUCACUUUAGAAUCAUCUCUCUUUGUCCUGUCACUUUAAAAAAAGUCCCUCCUCAGCUUUCCUGUAGGCCCCUUUUGGGUACUUGAAGGACAAUAAAGGUAGCGAAACACUGGCACAGAUUGCCCAGAGAUGUGGUAAAUGCCCCAUCCCUGGAGACAUUCGAAGUCAGGCUGGACAGGGCUCUGAGGAGCUGUGGAUGUCCCUGUUCACCACAGGGGAGAUGGGUCAGAUGGCCUUUAAAGGUCCCUUCCAAGUCAAACCAUUCUACGAUCCCUGUGGGUCACUUUCAGCUUGGAUUCUCUGGUUCUAAGAUUCUAUAGCUCCAUGGUUCCAUGGCACCAUGGUUCCGUGGUUCCACGGUUCUGUGGUUCCACAGUCAGGAGGCCGCUGUCACCAACAAGAUCUCUGCUUUUUCACCCAGCUCUUACGAGCUCCUCAGGGCUCAGCAGCCUGAGGUUGCGGUGCAGGCAGCACAGCCACGCGCUGCCGUAUGGCUGGAGUGCUCGGGGCAGAUGUCCACCGCUCCUUGGAGCUCGAUUUUUGGUCCACUGCUGUAAAACAAGGUGGGGGGAUCACCAUCUGCUGCCCGGGCAGAACUAUUCCUCCUCCUUGGAAAUAGCCACUCCCAUUCACUCCCAUAUCCCUUAUUUUACAUCAUCUUUCUGCAUUCACCGUUUUUUCUUUUGUUUUGAAGACAGGGAUCUGUUCCCCCUGCUGCCUGCCAGGCAUGCUUUCUAUUUUCCGCACUGAACUGCUUUCCUUAUCCUUCAUACCCCGUUUGGAGGUGUCAGCAUCUCUGUGUGCCUUUUCUUAGCACAUGCCCCACACAGACAUUGUUUUCGUGCUGUGAUUUUUGAGACCACCUUGAGUGCAGAGAAAAGUUUUUUCUCCCCUCGAUGCAGAUUGUGCUGGGUUACCACUGCCUUUCGCACUGAUUACACAACCUUGAUACUGUGUAGGAUGUCGACUGCCCUCUCGUGGGGCAUUGCUUACACGUCUCAUGGUCCUGGGCUGAAUUUCCACCCCCAAUGGAAACGCUCAAGAAGGGGAGGCCCAUCUCCUGACUGGCUGCCGGCCAUGGGACAGCUCUCCUUGAUGCGACUGAGCCCUUUUUGAAGGGAUGUGAUAAAAGAGGAAGUACUGUGGGCAGCUGCCUGUUCCUGGAUGGCCGUCUGUGGCCCCGACACUGUUGUGUUCCCUCACACACAGACAUCACCGUGAUUCAGAUGGCUGAAAGAGACAAAGCAAAGAUGGCAGAGACCACGCUCAGCUCCACCACGCUCAGCUCCACUUUCUCCAUCUGUGUGAAGUCUUUGUUAGGAAAUAUUGUUUCUGUGCCAGUCUCUUUGGACGACACGGUGCUGGACCUAAAGAUGAAGCUAUUUGCACUGGAUAGCUAUUUCUACCCUUCUCAGGCACGACUGAUUCAUGGUGGCUGGCAGUUGAAUGACGAACUAACUCUCAGACAUUACAACAUCACCUCCAACAGCAUUGUACACCACGUUCUUAGGUUGCGAGGUGGUGGUUCAGCUCCCUUAGAGGGCAAGGAAGAUGUCUCAGCCACAGGUGAUCAAGAACCAGAGGUGCAACAACAGGGUGGUUUACCUGGAAUUGCCUCAAGGAUAGAAGCGCAGAGUGGUUCAGCAGGUGUCUCUUCGAUUAUAGAAAUGAAGACCAGUCUGUCAGGCAUCACCUCAACAGGUGCAGAAGGAAUCCAGAAAUGGCCACAGUCAGAUGUCCCAGCAGAGGAGAGAAGCUGUCUCUGUGUGAGGCAGGAAUUUCAAGAACUGAGGCCGGAGAUAUAUCCAUACAUUUUGGAGGAACAGAACGUAUACAAAGCUUGUCUCCCUGGACCAGGCAUCUUCCAGUGCUCUGAGACAGGCCUUGCCUUCGAGGUGGAGUCAGCAGCCAGCAUCGUGUACAGAUACGCCUCCUGGAGCACGCAUCUGAAAGAGGCUGACCAGAAUGUGUGGGUGCCUGCUGGGCCUCUUUUCAACAUCUGGGCGCUGCCUGGAACCGUGCGAGCUGUGUAUCUCCCCCACUUCAUCUGCCUGUCAGAGGUAGACAUCAGUGGGUGCUCGAUUGCCCAUUUUGAAUUCCAGAAGAUGAUCAUACAGCAACCAACAGAAGUGAUGGCCUUCUCUGCUGUCCUGCAAUAUCCCAGCUUCUCUCUUCUUGGAGUGGUUUGGAGAAAGUUACGUUCAGCCAUUUCUCUCCCUAUGCACUCCUUAGUGCUGAUCUUCCAGCAGCUCUCUGCUGCAAAUACAACCCUGCAUCUCUACCUGAUCCCAGAUGACAGGUCUGUGAAGGAGGCCAUUGAAAGACAAGAGACAAGCUGGAACUCAAAGAUUAUUCCCAAGCCUCCUCCAUUCAGCCCUCUGUUCUUUGGCAACAGAUACCAGGUGUCCAGUAACACUCAAGUGAAGAUUACACCUGAACCACACUUGCCAUUUUGCUACAAGAGUCCAGAGGACCAACAGCUCUUUGUUGAGAUCUACAUCAGGAAAAUGGCAAAGGAAGUGGAAUUCUUUAUCACAGAUGGACAGAAUGACACCGAGGUCUGGAGGGCAUCGCUGAGGUCAGGUGAUAUUAGUCAUUCUAGAAACAAAUCCAAAAAGCUUUCAGGUGCAGCCUUCCUGAAGAAGCACAAGACAGAGCUUUGUUCCAGGAUGGGGCAGCUCUCCUCCAUUCUGCUAAAUUUAAGUGUUGAAGAUGUAAUCAACAGUGAAGAAGAAGAGGAGGUACAAGCUCAAAAUACAAAACAAAAGAAGAAUCAAUUUCUGCUGGAACUAGUUGAGAAAAAAGGGCUCAAGGCCCAAGAGAAGCUCUUUCAGGUCCUCCAGACAAAAGACCCAUUCCUUGUUGAAGACCUGGAGAAGGCUACAUUGACAGAUUAAGGAAGUGACAGGAGAGUCAGGCAAAAGGAGGGAUUUGUCUGUGCGUGAAUCCUGACCUUUCCAUGCAAAAUCCAUGAUACAAAGCAAUGCCUCAGCCUUUGAGCCACCAACUGCCAGGCCUGCUUCCCUUACCUGAUGUGCUCACUACAAGAGGACUGUCGAUCACCACUGAGAAGCUGCUGAAAAGAGAAACCUUGGUUCCUAAUCCAGUGCCCAUGUUGUGAAGCCUUCUGAGAACACAGGGCCUCUGCAGGGUCUCCAGAUGCUCCAGGCAGCUGCUGGUUGAGGAGCUCUCUUCACAACAGGAAUCUCACGGAGUCGCAGAAUUGUAGGGGUUGGAAGGAACCUCUGGAAAUCCCCCAGUCCAACACCGCUUAGAGCAGCUUCCCUACAGAAUGUUACACAGGAAAGUGUUCAGGCAGGGUUUGAAUAUCCCUGGAGAAGGAGACUUUACAGCCUCUCUGGGCAACUUGUUCCACUGCUCUGUCAACCGCAGUGAGCGAUUCUAUGAUUCUGUGAAGUCCAACCAUCAACCUGAUCAGUGUUUGUAACUAAUUUUUUUAUUACACAAUAUUCCUCAUA